UAAAGUGGAAGCUGAUUACGGAAGUGGCAGGCGAGCGCAUCGAAAGGAUGAGUAACACAUGAAUGGAGUGUUGAUUUCGGGGCCCCAACAAAAACAACGAACAUGCAGGAACAUUUUAUUUGACAUGAUGUGUUUAAUAAGAUUUUAAAAUGGGGCAUGUAAACUCAAGAGUCAGAAAAGAGAAAAAGUUAAAAAAUGUGAAGGAGGAUUACACGGAAUAUGUAAUCAGUGCACUGGAAUGUCACAACCCCGAGGUACUGUAUCACAAGAAGAAGAUGAAUCGACUCUCCAUGCAAGAAUUAGAAAGUUACAGAAUCAAACAAGGACAGAAAGGAUUAAAUCGUAUGUCAGCAGACAUAGAAAGACUGGGUAGAAACUCAGCUAGAAACGAGGUGCAGUGGGAAAAAUCCAUGUCCUUGAAUCGAAAUCUCAACAUCUAUCCAGGUUCUUUGGAUAGAGUUUCGGAAGCUUUCAGUUAUGAAAAACUCAAUGUGGAUGAUCAUCCAGCAUUAACGAAAUUACAAAAUGAACAAAACCGUCGUCUUGAGAAAAUGGAGGAAAGAAUGAAUCGGAUUCGAACUCAUGCAAUGCAAGAAGCAGAGAGAAGAAAGUUUGCCAUAAUGUUCAGAGCCAAGACCCAGUCAAGUUCAUUGGAUGAGAACAAAAAUGAAGAACUCUUGCCAAAUGAAAAUAAUACAAUUCUGCAUUGUGAAAAAGACACUGAAUUGAAAAAACAGUGUAAUAAUAAGUUGGAAGAUGACAAUGGUGAUAUUAUUCCUGUCACAGUGAUGAAAGACUUGGAAGAAAAGGUUUCCAAUGAUACAUCAAUGGACUCUGAAAAACACAAAAUUGUGGUGGCUAGGAAUUCAUUUUUGCCAAAUCUGCCAGCCCUGAAUAACAUGGAUCUGAGUGAUCCCAAGUCAUAUCUCAUGCUGCCCUUUCUCUUGCCGAUUUUUGUCAUUUUGGUGAUUGUGAAAAGACUCCAGGAGGUACACAGUUCUCGUCGUCACUCGCCACAGAAAAAAUAAACUGUGAUGCGGCAGACAGCCACAAAUAAAUGUCCAGUAUAGGACUGACCACGACAAGGCAAUAUACGUGUGGCAACAGUCACAACUUUAUACAGACCCAAGGUUUUAGAUUUAACACAAGACCUGAUUGUUGGCCCUCACAAGAAUACUUUAUUCUCUUGUUUUGUGGAGCCCUGUAUUUGGUGUAAAGUUUUUUUUUUUUCAAUAUGGACAAAUAUUAUAAAAUCAUCUUUCGAGUUUUUUGGGUCUGGCUAUUGUAAAUUGCUUUGAUAUUAUGAACUGUUAAUCUGUGAUGCUAUUAUUUUUUGAAGUACAAAUGUAUAUGUAUAACUAUGUAUACCGUAUAUACAUUACAGAAAGUAAAUCUACAAAACCAUAUAAUACAUGUCAUAAUACUCAAAAUGCUACUGUGGAUAUCUAUACAGUGUAUUAUGUUUUAAUUUGUGGGCUUAUUUGUUAUUUAUGUACUUGUAUUUUACACCAUAAAUCAUGGUCUUGCAGAAUCCUGAACUUAAUUAAUCACUUAUUUACUUUCAAAUUUCCUUGACAAUGAUUUAGGUAAUUCAGUAAAUUUAGGUAUUUUAUGUUUGUUUUUUAAGGACAUCACGUUACAAUCAGACCUCAAGAGAUUAUGAUUUUAUUUAUCUUUUAAAGAAAGAUUGAGAUUGUAUAUUUUUUUCUUGACUUGAAAUGCAGUGUUUUAAUGUUUUAUGAGAAAUCCUAUCUCCACUCAGGCUUUGAUAUUUUCUGUGUGUAUACUGUAUAUGUUAUAACUUUGUUUAUCAAGGCAACCUCCAUAUAUCCUAUACAUUGUAAUUCAUGGAUUGCUUAAAUAUAUACUUUUGAAAUUGAGAACCCUGUGCAAUAUGUACAUGCUAGUCAAACUGUUUCCAGUGUGGGCAAUUAAUAAACUAAAAAGCUAACCUAAUGUUAAUCCUAUUCAAUUUGGCUGGUAUACUUAAAAUUGCAUGAACAGUAAAUGGAUACAAAAAGUAUUAGCAAUAUAUAUGAUUUUGAUAACAAACACUCUAUAUUUUGAUAGGGAAAAUUUUAUUUAUUUGGAGUGAAAGAUGUUUAAAUUAAUUAAAUCCUUCUCAUAUUCAUAGGACAAUCAUUUUGUUUUUCUAAGGAAUGAAUAACAUUUCCAUUUAAAUACUUUGGAAUAAUUUUAAUUUUGGUGGGUUUGGAUUCAAAUUUCUUAGAUAACCAAACAGGAAGUAAUUUCAUGAGUAUCUUGUAUAUAUGUAGGAUUCAGUCACCUGAUACAAUGACAGCUAUAGUAUAUUGGAUGUAAAUUCAUGGGUAAGGAUCACCCAAAAAAUCCACAUUCAUCCCCCCAACAAACAUUCAUGAUUUCUUAAAAAAAAUUUAAUUUGGAUUUUUGCUUGGUUGUUGUAAGUUUCAAUCAUGUCUUUGAGUGCAAAAAUUUUACACUGAGAUAGAAUUGAAGUGUCCUUGAAAUAUCAAGGGACAUGUGCACAAUUUCACAUCUAGUCAAAAUACAGCAGGUGCUUGCCUUAAAUAAUUGGUUGAUUUGCAAUAUUUUUUCGCACAAAUGGCAGACAAUUUGUGAUUAAACUUUUUUCGUAGACUAUUCAUUAAAUUUCAAUGUUUUGUAUGGGCUUGUGAUUUACAGACUUAUGUAUUUAUGUAUUAUCAGUAUCUAUCCUGAUAUAUGCCAUUGUGUAAACUUUUUGUCUAUUAGUGUUCAGUUUAUACAAAUCAAAAUAAUAUCAAUAAAUGAGAAGUAUUGUA